GGAAUAUCUUGUAAUCAAUAGCUUAUAGCUUACUCCUACACAUGCUCUACUCCUACUCAUACUUCUAUACCCGUCUUUUCUACUAAUCAGGAGAUGAAGCUGCUCUCUUCACUUUCAUUUGCCUACUGUUUUCUUUCUCUUGUUUCCUCUCAAUCAACAGUUACAUUAUCUCCACCAAACGGUACUGUAUCUGUUUGUCAAGGAAAAGUAGAAACAAUAACAUGUAAUGUAACUUAUUCUCCUGAUCAAAUGUUAUUAUGGGCCUAUAGUGGAGGUCCUGGAGGAGGAGCAGUCAAUUUUGGCAGUGGAAAUACUGACCCUCAACAACUGCCACCGUUUAAUUUUACAUUACAGUGUCAGAAUAAUGUCACACUAAUCUCAACUGGAGUUGUUAAUGUGUCUACUUUAAUAAAUGGGAGCACCCUUGAGUGUAGGAAUACAUUAUCAAUCGAUGAUUCAAGUAUCAGAAAACACAUCAACUUUAGUGUUAAACAUUCAGUACCUAUCAGUUAUCUUCAUGUUAAUGCUGUAUCUUCAGAUACAUUAUUAAUAAUUUGGACUGGAGCUGAUUGUAUACAAUCAUAUGAUGUAUUCAUUAAUGGAGCUAAUGUUAAUACUACCAGUGGAAUGAGUCUAUUGUAUAAUACUGGAGGAGCUAUUGGCAGUAUUGAUGUAUUGGUUAAUAGUGUUGAUUAUUAUGGAAGUGCAGUGGGUAAUUUAUCAACUCAAUAUCAAUUUAACAAGUAUAACUUUGAAGUUGAGGCUAUUAUUAGUAACAAUAUGUCACUGGUCAUAAUAAUUAAGGAUAAGUACAUCAAUCAACAGCCUGCUCCAUUGUCCUGUGAAUUGACUGUAACUAACUUAACUCAACCAUCAAUGGAUUGUCUUUCUAAAAGAUUGUUUGUAUUCACUAAUGUCACUGAAGGAGAUGUGUAUAAUUAUACUGUUACUAUUACUAAUGUCAUUGGGUCUACUGUUAAGAAUGGCUCCAUAGUACUAGAACAAACGUGUCCACCAAGUGCUCAAAGUUGCUGUUCAGCUUUUCCGAUUUCUCACCAGUCUUGUUCUGUAUCAAAUACAGAAUCAAGCACACCAUCUCCCACUAUGGAAUCCUGUGGAUCGAAUUGUGUCCUUCCUUGGAUAGUUGGUGUGAUAGUUGGGACAGUAGUGGUUUCACUUUUGAUUUAGCUUUUACUUCAAAGACUUACAACAUUGUGCACUACAAGAAGCAUAAUGUCUCCCUGAGUAGAAAAUAUUAGUGUUGUAAUAGCUCUUCAUUAGUAUCAAUUCUAUUAAUAACUUAGACAUUUCAUUAGCUACAUAUGCAGUGUGUGUAUCAAUUUAGUUUUCCUUUUUGAUAGUCAAUUUAAUCAAACAACAAAACU